AUGACGCUAACUCACUCCCAGGUUUUUGAAUCGUGGGGCGCUUCUACUUUCUUAGAAUCAAGUCCCGGUGCGGAUAUUGCAGGAAGUCCGGAAGAUGAAGGAGAGGACCCUCAUUCAACAGCACAGAAAUGUGAGGAGGACAUCAAAGGCGUGGGGAAUCGCUCACCAUACAUCGAUCCUCAUCGAUUGGAGAAAGAGGACGACUUGAGUCUGGCUAAGGAUCUACUUGAUUUGAGGAAGUAG